GUAGCUCGGUCCACUCUGAAGAAGGAAGUGUUGCGUGAGGGUGUCCCGUGGAGGCUAUUUACAAACAUCAAGCUCCGAUUGCACUGCACUAUCCCGGAACACACGCUCUCUAAAUCACCCCUGCUUCGAAAAAAUAAAUGCCCUGCAUAGGCCUGCGAGAAAUAAAACACGCGAAGAACAAGGAUCAUAAUCCGCACGGUGACAAAGCCGCACUCGCGAUAAGGAACGGAGAUAAAGCGCACGGAGCCGUGUCGCCGUUGCCUUCUCAAUGCAUACCCUUUGUGCUCGGGGAACGAUGAAACCAGAGAUCACCGCAGCCGUCGGAUUUCUGUCCAGAUUCCUGCGGAUAAAAGGACACGUAAACGACAGACAGCUUCAGACAUUCAGCCAAACCCUACAGGAUAUAUUAGCAGAGCAAUACAAGCACCAUUGGUUCCCUGACCGUCCCUGCAAGGGCUCUGGGUACCGAUGCAUCCGCAUCAACCACAAGAUGGACCCUCUGGUGGGGCAGGCGGCCCAGCGCAUCGGCCUGACCAUCCAACAGCUCUACGUGCUCCUGCCCAGCGAGCUCACGCUCUGGGUGGACCCGUUCGAGGUGUCCUAUCGGAUCGGCGAGGACGGUUCCAUCUGUGUGCUCUACGAAUCCCAGCCCAGCGUCAGCGUCAGUGUCAACAACGCGGUCAACAUGGCUACUGGUGGCCAGCCUUCCGCCCACGCGGUGGCUUCACUGGUGGACAGUCACAUCAGCUGCAAGGAAGAACUGCUGCUGGGGAGGACCAGCCCCUCCAAAGCGUACAGCAUGAUGACCGUGUCCAGCUAAGCCUGCCGGGGCACAGGUGCUGUUUUUAAGAUAACGAGGAAAAAAAAGCAUACAAAAAGUUAAAUAAGGAAAGAAAAAAACAGAAAAAAAAACGAAAAGAAAAAGGAGGAGAAAAAAAAAAGCAGAGGAUGUGGCCUAUCAUGCAGGUGAUGGAAACCUCACAGGUUUUAAUUUCACUUGUCUCUUACGUUCACGUUUGUUGGUGUUUGUUGUUGGAUCUGCCAUUAAGUUCCCUUAUAUGAGGGGAUAGUGAGGAGAUGUUGUAGUGAUACACACUGGGGCAGCUAUAAGACCAGCGGAGUGUCUGCCCCUCCCUGGACGAAGCCAGGCCAGAAACGGCGGGGCUGUUAUUAUUGUUUUUGUUUUUUUUUAAAAAAGGUGUUCCUUUUUAAUGUUGAAUUUGCACUUUUAUUUUCAAAUGGUUUUAUUUCUUAACUGCCAUCACCAUCACCACAAACCUCUUUGUGUAAAGAGCUACUGUCUGGAUGCAUGAGUCUGAUGCAUCUCAGAAAGGAAAGAAACAGACAUGUGAAAGGAGUAGAAAUUAUAUUUCUCUCUUUUUGAAUUUAUUUUUUUUCUUUCUUUUGACACAACAUGGGGCGUCUGAAGUCCAGCUUGAGCUAAUGUCUGUCCAGACCUCAGUUCCGUGCCCAUUUCAAAACCUCUUUAAGACAACUACUCUCUGUUGGACCACAGGGCAAUCUUUUUUGGUUUUGUUUCUUGUUUAUUUUAUUUUAUUUUUUCGUUAUGAUUGAGCACUGGGUGGACAUCAGCUCUUAUACUGGACUUCUGAGGCCCCAGAAGACAGAACUGCAGAAAGCCCUCUUAACCGUUUACGGUGCCGUUUUGUGGCGCUGCAAGGGGGGAUGCGUUCAUGAUACCUGUUACCAUGGAUACCAUCGCCGUGUCACCAGCGCAACCCUUUGCAUGCACGUAGCGUUUUCUCUUCUUUGUUUUUGUUUCCAGGGAGGAGCCGCGCAUAUGUUCCCCUCCCGCUCGAUGAAUGUCAUACUGUCAAAAAAAAAUCACAAUCGAAUAAUACCCCGACUGCCCCCCUCUUCUGUUUUAUAGCCCCUGCUCCCAACCCACCCAAAGUCCUUGUUAAACACCAAAUGUAAGUAUGUAGCAUAGCGGUUCCUGGCGUUGAAGGUAGAGAGAAGGUGGGUAUGUGUUGUCGUUUCUGUUUUCUGCCCUCCCUGCCGCCCCGCAAGAAAUGACUUUGAAUGCACUUUUGACAGAAGGGCCCAUGUGGGAUGUACUCGUCGAGGUCUCCUCGAACCACGCUGCAUUCCGACGUCCCGGGUGUCUCGGAGGCCUGGGGUCCGCUUGUUUGGUUUCGCUUUGUUAUGUUGCCCUCUCUUGCCAAGACCAUUUCCUCCCGAGGAGAUUUUUUUUAAUGGAUGUAACUUUAAGUUUGAGACACACACACACACACACACACACACACACACGAAAAAAAAUAAAUAGACGAAGGCAUAGACAAAAAGCUGAAGCAUUCAGAUAGUUUUUCUCGUUUUGUUGUGUUUUGUUGUGUUUCGCUGUGUUCCUGUGCUGUGCUGUGCAGCUUUUAGCAGUCGUGAGACACGCGCACACACACACAUACUCACACUCAGACACUCACACACAGACCAAGUGCAAGUCGUUGUACUGAUUUUGUUAUUACACCAUAGCACUGCGCUCCAUAUGUGACUGUAGAAAUCUCCUAGAGCCUAGAGGGUAUAUGGAAAGCUCAAACGCACAGAGGGAGAGAGAGCGAAUGAAAGAGAUAGAGAGUGAGAUGAAAAGAGAUCUAGAUAAAGGAAGCACUGACUUUCCAUUUCCAAAUGAAAGAAUCGCCAGCUGUUUGUUGUGACCUUUGAGAUCGUUGGACCUCCUUUGGGUGGGUGGGUGCAGCAGGAGUUCUGUGGGUGGAGGGGGUGGGUGUAGUCGGGGAUGUGUCCAGAGUGGGUGCCUGGUGGUGGUGGUGGGGGGGUCUCUGUCCGAGCCAUGGGUGGUGCUGGGCUCUUCAGCCAGUCUCUGAGCCAUUUUUUUCUAAGAGUCGUCAGCAAACAGCAGCAGCAGUAGCCCCAUUUUUUUUUUCUUAAUCACUGGUCUUGCCAGAGUGCUUGAAUCCGUGGGCAAGUGAGGGGCGACCCACAACCAGCUGUUCCUCCUCCUUUGGAGAGAGACGACGACAAUGACGCGGCUGACCUACCCUACACCACCCCACCCCACCCCACUCCGUCCCUUCCCCAUGCUGCAGGGAGCGCGCAGUGACACAUAUCACCUCCUCCUCCCUCUUUGUCUGGGGGAUAGCGGUGGGCUGUGAGGGAGGUGGGGUGGUGGGGGUGAGUCGGAUCCCAGUCCAGGGCAGCUAUUACUCACCCCCAACUCCGGCUCUACCCCUUUGCCCCCCUCCUCCAAGAACACCCCCAAAACAAAUAAAAAAUAAACAUGAGGGAGGACAUAACCAGCACAUACUGUAUAUUGAGCGCGCUCCCCCUCUGCCUCCCCACCCCUUCCACAAACACACACUCCCCUCUUCCCCUCUUCUGAGCCUUACUGAAAGAACCACAUGGUUGAAAAGUGGAAAAAGGUCAUCGUGGAGAGCAAAGGUUGUUGUUGUCAUGCUAUAGCCGUGUACUGGAUCGAGUUGUGUGCUUUCUUUUUCCUUUAGAGUUGUGGACUACUCUGUUGGUUUUUAGUUAUUACACAGGGACGCUGCUGCGAGAGGCUGUGCUGCGAGUUUGUUUACAUAAGUGAUUCCUGUAUGGUUGGACGUCCAAGGCUACAGCAAAAAAAAAAAAAACAGCUAACAAAUAGGGUGUGCAGGUUGUUUAUGGUAGGGGAGGCUUCGGUGUGCACUUUCCAGACGGGGACUAAGUCCGGCCUCACAUGCUGCUGAGGUUGGACGCUGCCAAUCAGUCCUAAACGGGUGCUAUAAAGCCUCUCUCCCAGGGGAUCAUGGGUAAUGGAGCCAGACUGUCAACACAGUUUUGCCCCCCGCCCCCCCCCCCCACCGACACCCUGUGUGCGUGUGCAGCACAGGGAGCAGGGAGUUAAACAGAUGGACAGGGCCGAACAGACCGUGACCUUGGGUCUGACCUCUCAGCUUUCAGCCCCGCAUGAUUUGAAAGACUUUUGGGGCAGAUUUGCUCUAAAUUUUAAUAUGACGUUAAUUGUACACGUAGACAGCCUAAGUUAAGUACAAGCUGGAUGUGGCAGACUGUUCCAGUUAUUGAAAUGUACUGUUGAAAACCACACACAUACACACACAGCAAAAUAGUGGUGUCUCUCAUUCUAUUACACUUGCUGUCUGAAUUUGCCACCAAUGCGAUUUUAACCAAACAUCAAAAAUGUAUUUGACACCUUCUAUAUGAAUUGAAUAAUAUACCCCCCACUUGCAACCCUAAAUAUCUUUCAACAAGUUAAUUAAUUGUACCCCAGCUCAUCUGAACUUUGCAAGCAUUUAGCUUACGUUUGUGCACAUAGUAAUCAGUUGUGUCAUAAUAAGUCGUUUUCUAGCAGAGGGUAAUAGCACAUAAAAUGCACUAUGUCGAAGUUGAAGUUAUGUGACAUUGAGACGCGGGGUGUCUCCAGGAAUGUAUUGCCAAAACUCAGGCCUCACACAUUCAAGUAUACCCUCAUGGAAGAGUUGCGCAUGUUAGGAUGUGAAACAUGGAAGGGAAAUAGUCGUUUUAUUUGUCUCGUUGGGUUUGUCAUCGAUGAUUUUGGAGGAAAAAAAUAAAUUAUUGCCACUUUCGCAUUUGGGGUGUUUUACAUAUUUGUAGAAUGUAACGUUAUUGUACAACAUAUGGUAGAAUACACAACAUAACACAUGGGAAGUGCCAAUAAUUGAUGUUUUUAUUUGAGAUGUUUCGAUGUAUUCCUUUUUGUAUUUCAUAUUUUAACACGAAUAACUAUUUCCAAGGUGAAGCCAUUCGUGUCGGGAGUGUUGGCAAGGACCAAAGUUCUUUUGGUAAAAAAAAAAAAUCAGUUUCCUCUCUCUGUGCAGAUAGACUUGUCCUUUGUUUUUUUUUUUUUUACUUUACAAAACAAACAAAAAAAAUCUGCGCUACCCAAGAUGAAAAGCUGUCUCUAUCUUGUGAUCCUGUCAGUACAUCUUUAUUGUGUUCAUUUACUUUUCCUUGGGUAUGUUGUUAUGAACUGCUGUAAAUUUGUACAGUUCAUGUAAAUUGAUUGUGCGGAAGUUGUACAGAUUUCUAUAUUUUGGAAGAAAAGUUUUUUUUCUCUGUAAUAAAAGAUUUCCUAUCUUGGCAAACGUAAAA